AUGAUAGGCGAUCAUACUGUCGGCUUUGGAUAUUUGAAGAACUCGGCCAUCGAUCAGCACGUCCUUGUACGCAACAGGCACUUCGACAUGUUCGAGAUCCUGAACGCCUACCCGAAGCUGCUAGGAUUGGCAAUCGACGAAGACACCGCGCUGGUGGUCAACAAAAACGAGAUGGAAGUCAUCGGCAGCACGUAUGCGUUGGUAUACGAUGGUGGUUUCUGGUCGAGAGAAGGAAGCUGGGAGAGGCCCCUGCCGCCGUCCAAUGCGAGGUUUUACUUUCUGCGCGAAGGUGAUAGGUAUGAUCUUGGGGCUAGAGCAGUCAUCGAGCCGGAAAGCACUGGCAGUGGUGACGACGCAUGA